GCUCCAAUGUAUGACGGAGAACGUCACGUUGUCCGUGCGUGAAGACGUGCGGUCAUUUUGGAUGUUUGGCGCGAGCAGAUAACUUUGCUAGGUAGGACGGGAUGCUAACAAAACGGAGUUCCUGAAUACAAUUGGCAUUGGCAGUUGAAGAGUCAAAGAGCCUCAGGUAGAGAGAGUAUUCAGGCAUUCUGACAGGGAGGAGAUGGAGCAGUCUAGCAGCAGGUUGUACUCAGGACCUCUGUCCCAGGCGGCCCAGAAGAUCCUGGCUGUACUGCGGGCCGGCAGUCUACAUGCAGCCAGGCGUAACCACAACUACUCCUACAAUAACAGGCAAAGUCAGUCAGGAAUAGUGCAGAGGUGUUAUGGCAGCCAGAGGGAGCCUUUGGCUCAGAGUAGUUGGAGCAUGAGUCAGGAGGAGAGCAAAGAUGGAGACACAGUCCGAACAUGGUCCAGACCCCAGGUGUCGUCCUCUUACCAUGACUCCACCAACCAGUGGCAGAGCUCUCAAACCUCGGCCUGCUAUCAGUUCUCGCAGACACCAGACUGCUCCCUGUCGUCCCAGGCCUCCUCCUGUUCCUCCUCCUGCUGGGAUUCCUCACUCCAAAGACAGGCGUCUCAGACUGAAGCCUAUUAUCAGUACUCACAGAUUUAUUCCCACAGAAACUACUCCGAACCCCCUGCUUACCAGACCAGCCAGGCUCAGUCAUUCACUCAGCAUGAGGUUUCUGAGACAGCAGCAUCGUUCUCCCAUAGAGACAGAUACACCCCGUCCCUCCAAAUACCCGAGAGUCUUUGUGAACGUCAAGCUACACCGUGGAGAAACUUCACUGAAGAAAUCAGGCCCUCUUUCAUCCAUAAUCUUCUUCCAGACAACGAAGCUCCCGAUGAUGUAUUGUCCCCCACAACAGAACAGCCUAAUACCCAUAUAGAGGAGCCUUCAUUGGCUUGUCACCCAGUGUCAUCCUGUUUUAAAAUAAGUGAAGAGACAAAUAACAACACAUCGGGGAGCUGGAACAUCCCCAGAAAUGAGCUAGAAGAUAGUCAAGCAAAAUGGAAGCUACCUCUGUCCAACUCCACUGAAGAGGCCACUAGUGGAGGAGAAGAUGGAGGCCCACUAUUUCAGCAACCAGAGCCUGAAACAAUCAAAACUGGACGGAUACAUGUUCUUCCCAGUGGCUGUGUAACAAGACAGGAGACAGGCUGUGAUGCACAUUCACCCAAGCCGAUGAGAAAUCUAGUUGGGGACAAAGGGGUGGAGCUGAUAGUGGAUUCAGAAAAUAUGACUGAGGCACGUACACGACAAAUGUCAAACAUUGAGCGUGAAAUGCAGGAUGUAGUAAAUGGAGUUACGUGGAAAGAGAAAGAACAUAGGAAUGCAACACUGCUAAAUGAGAAAGGAUCAGCCAAUGAAAUGGGAGGAACUCAGCUUUUGGGAACCAAUAAAAACACUAGUUUAGAGAGGAAUUUGAACUUGUUAGCUACAACAAGUAUCAUGGACAGAAUCUUUGACUGUGAUACUGAAGGAGAAAAUCUUUGGGAGAGAGAAGAGAAUGACUUUGAUACACCUGAAAUCAAAGAAGUUGAACAUCCGCCUGGCAUUAAGACUAAAGAGAUAUCAGUGGGAUGUAAUACUGACAGUCCAAAAAAGAUCUCAAUAUCUUUAGAAAGGAGAGACUCUAAGGUGAGUCACUACCAAGCUGAAAACACUCAGGACAUGGGUCAGGCUCUGAAUGAGACAGGAGAGAAGCACACAGAAAAUCCACAGGUGCAGUGUGAGACCAAAUUUGUCCUGGGUGACAACACUGCUGAUAACCUGGAAAGAACCACAGAGGAAAGAAUAGAUGUGAUGGAGGUCAGGUUGGAAGUGGAAACGGAGAGCAGGACAAAGGCAGAUGUUGGUACAAGCACUGAAAAUAAGAUGGAGACAGAACAGCACCAUUGUUCUGUCCAACUAAGAGAGAGGGAAUGUGAGACACAUUAUAGAGAAGUCAGUGAGUUACCUGGAAGAGACACUGAGCCAGGAGGGAGGAGCAAAGACAAAGAUGAGUCAGUGAUGCCACCUGUGGACAGUGAGGAUGAGAGUACAUCUACAGAGGACUCAGGUACAGAAAGUUGUUCCAUGCCAACAUUGUCCCAGGACUGCAGGGCAAAAAGGUCAGGGUUCAGAGCUCCCUGUCUCCAUGGGAACCACCAGCACCCUAACAAUGUACAAACUGCUAAUGGAAGUAUCAGAGGGAGCAGCUCAAGCGUUUUACUGGCCCCAGCAAGCACUUUUGUUGUUGGACAAAACUCCUCAGUACAGGACUUGGCCUCAACAGCCAUAAAAGCAAGCGGAUCACUGGAAAACACCAACCUACCUACUUCCCAAACUCAUUCACAUCAUCCUCUCCUAAUCCCCUCCUUCCACUUAAAGAGGAAGCAUGAAGUACUUCAGCACCAAAAUGCUCACCCUCCUCCUAAAAUCUACCUAACCAGGCGUCCUCCAAAAUGGGAGCCACUUCAUUCCUCACAAGAAAAGACAGGGAAAGAAGGAGUCAACGAGCUGAAGAGAGCCAGACCCAAAACCUCUAUCCUCCCGGCUGUACCCCCAGAACCACAGACUAAAGCCAGUCCUUCACAUAAAACAGGAAUAGUGUUAGGGGUACAUAAAGACCCAUAUGCCCCAAAGCAAACUCGACCAAUUCAUCUGAGUGAGGUGAAAGAAAGGUCUCUUGAAUCAGCUACGAAUGCUUGCAAACAGACCCCAUCUUCUGUGACCUUGACAUGCAAACCACUCAAGCACAAGCGGGCCAAAUGUGGACCUGACCAGGGGACAAAUAUGCCAAAGAUAUCCCAUGAGGGGGCUAAUGGUGUUGAGCUCCAAAAGCAAUCCAAAGCUGGCUGUCUGACUGCAACCUUGACAUCUGACCCCAGAGUAGAGGAUUAUGGGAAGCUGAACCAAGACGAGAAGAUGCAAAUGCUUGAGAAGGCAGGGAAGGCCAAGGCGCUGGUGCUAACCUUGGUGUCCCGAGAUGGAACAACUCAGUUAGACCCAGAACAGAAGCUCACUCCACCAGUGUGUGGCCUACUCGUACUGAUGAAGACCAAUCUCGACUGCAGCACACCAGAGGACUCGCUCGGGCCAAACGACAGUCUGGUCUACUUAAAAUUAGAGCACACACCUGCAUGGGCCCAGCAACACACACACCAGAGCCAGGAGCUCUUUACAAGAGAUAUGCUGCUACAGGUGCUAUCAAGAACUCAACUGGUGGUGUGCUAUAAAGCCAAGGAUUUGCUUCGUACAGCUCUGCAGUUUUACAGACGAGACCUCAGCUGGAAACAAGGCAGAGCACACAUACGUGCAUACACAUACACACGUAGAAGUACAUGAAUUGAAAGUGGCAGGGUGUCAUAUCCAGGACCCACAGGUGUCAGGGUGGCUACUGGAUCCUGCAAAUCCCUCCUCUUGCUACCAGGACCUUUUCAAUAAACAUUGCAAAAGACCCUGUACAACAC